AGGAAGUGGAACACUGAAGCGCUUCCUGAAUGCUUUUCUGGGUGUUGUUGUUUUGUAAGUUGUAUUGUUGCAUGCCAUUUAGCCAUUUACUGCUAAACGUGCAUGCAAAACGAAGAAUCUUAUUCACGACCAUCUGAAUGCUGAGUGUGAGGACUCUGUUCGGCAUCGGCUUCCUUGUGACCUCCCGGGCCGCAGCAGUCUUUGCACAAACCGGGAGAUGUCCAUCCGCUAACCACCCCCAGAAAGACUGUUACACUAGCCGACCAGUGUCCACCAUGGCCCACAGCAUCAAAUACCUUGGGCAGGAGGAGGCCCAGCACAUUGAUGAGGAGCUUUUCAGCGAAUAUGGCUUCAGUGUGGACCAGCUGAUGGAGCUUGCUGGCCUCAGCUGUGCGACAGCCAUCACAAGGGCAUAUCCUUUGAGUUCCUUGGUGAAGCCCAAACCAACAGUGCUGGUGAUUUGUGGACCAGGUAACAACGGAGGCGACGGUUUGGUCUGUGCCAGACAUCUCAAACUGUUUGGUUACGAGCCCUCCAUCUUGUACCCAAAGCAGCCCAACAAACCACUGUUUCAUGGUCUGACCACUCAGUGCCAGAAAAUGGAGAUCCCCUUUCUCACUGAGAUGCCUGAGGCCCCAGUGAUUGAUGAGGCCUUCAACUUGGUGAUUGAUGCCAUCUUCGGCUUCAGCUUUAAGGGGGCUGUAAGAGAACCUUAUGGUUCCAUCAUAGAUACCCUGAAGAAGACCACCGUCCCCAUUGCCAGCAUUGACAUCCCCUCUGGUUGGGAUGUCGAGCAAGGGAGCGUGGAUGGUCUCCAGCCUGACACACUCAUCUCGCUGACCGCUCCCAAAAGCUCUGCCACUUUGUUCAAAGGACGCCAUCACUUCCUGGGGGGACGCUUUGUUCCGCCCGGCCUGGAGAAGAAAUACCAACUGAACCUACCCCAGUACCCUGGAACGGAUUGUGUGUUAAAGUUGUAAGAUUUGCUAAGAGGUUUGUGUUACCUUGGGGAGGGGAUUUCUUUCCUGGGGAGGCGUUGCUUCAGCAAUAAGAAAAUAAAACUUUUAAGUAGUCGCAAUUGGUAUAAUUUCUUUAAAAUUAUACUGUAUUUACCAUCCACAGAAAAACAACAAAAUCAUGAGAUUUAUCCUUUUUUUUAUUAGUACAUUUAAAGUUCACUGAAUGUACCAGCAAUUCCAUUGUAAAGACCGUCUAUCAUAGUUCACCACAUUCUAUUUUAUUUAGAAAUAACAUACAUAUUGGGUAUUUCAUUUAUUAUACAUUUAAGUUGUGGUGAGUUAGUAAAAAGCUUUCUUUCACAAUCAACCUCAAGAGUGCCACGGGCUCCCGCAGUAUAUUCCAAUAUAAAUGUACAGAUGUGAGUACACUGGAUGCUUUUUAACAAUGUGGCUCAUUAAUGCAUAAUGGGUUGUUUUUUUUUUACACUAGUGCAGUACAUGCUUUGCUUUUUGUGCGUAGCAAACUAUUUACAGUGCUGGUACCAUGCUGUCUCUCUCUGUGCUUCAUAUGCAUUUGAGGUCCUCGUCGAGGAAACGGGAAGUUAAAACAAAACAGAAGACUUGAGAUGAAGAUGGAGUCUGCCCCCCCCACACUACCACACCACCACCAGACAGGUUGUUUUCAUGCAGUUAGCAGGAUGUGUAGGAGGGAUGUUUUCAGUCCAUAAAGAAAGGAAGCCUGGUGAUACAAGCAUAAUGUUACUAGUAGGGAUGGCCGAUCAGGAUCAGAUACCGAUAUCACAUUUUGAUACUGAAUAUCUGGCAUCGCUAAUUACCAGAUUUCAUGACAAUAUUUCUUAAGAAAAAAAAAUUGUGUAGUCAUUACUCUAAAAUUAAACCUAUUAAAUGAAUUCAGAUACAACAAACCAAUACAAAAAUGAUGUACAA